AUGUCCGAAGUUGCUGUUGCAAUGAUUUCUUCAUCUCCUCAAAAGAUUGCUCCUUCCACUCCAAAGCGAUCCACCAUGAACUCCUCCUCGUGUUCUUCAUCACCUUGUACGGUUACUCCAACCAAAGAAGAGCUUCCGAUGAUGACUUUCAAUUCAACUCCAAACACUCCAAAUGUACUUUCCUCAAAAUUUGGUUUUCCUCUCUUGUACACGGGUCAUAUUCAAUUAAUCUUUGGAAAUAUGUUUGCAGGUAAAACUUCUGAACUACUUAGACGAAUGCGUCGUUAUCAAAUUGCUCUCAAGGAAUGUGUGCUUAUUAAAUACAUUAAUGAUGUGAGAUAUAGUAAGGAGAGUGUUUCAACACAUGACCAAGUUCAACAACGUGCCAUCCCAACAGAUCGUUUGGAAAAGAUUGCUCAUCUCGUUCAGAAUUAUGACGUGAUUGGAAUUGAUGAAGGACAAUUCUUUCCUGAUUUGGUUGAUUUUUGUGAAGCUGCAGCAAAUGGUGGAAAAAUUGUGAUUGUGAGCGCAUUGGAUGGAACCUUCCAAAGAAAACCUUUUGGUGACGUUUUGCGUUUGAUUCCAAUGGCUGAAAGUGUUGUCAAAUUGAAGGCUGUUUGUAUGGUUUGUUGUAAGGAUGCAGCUUUUACAAAGCGUAUAACCGAUGAGCAACAAACCGAGGUGAUUGGUGGAAGUGACAAGUAUAUUGCUGUGUGUCGAGAAUGUUUCAUGACUAGAAAUACGCCAUAUACAAAAAAGAAUAAGAGCAUCUUUAAUGAAAGUAUGCUUGAGGAAGAACAAGAGGAUACCAUGCCUUUUUCUCCACAAAAACAUUAA